UAACGUUAGCUAGAAUGUUCUAGCUCAUUCGUGUUACUCUUUGGGAAGGGGAGCUAAGAUACUAUAAAAGACCCAGUGUCCAUUUAUUCAACACUCUUCACAGGACUCGUGUCGAGGUAAAUUGUGUUAAGAUUAAGCGGUGCACAUCAUGGCAGAAGACAGACCGACCAGGAGAUAUCCCCAAAACCUCCAGGGGGUCCUGCAGCUGGCAGUGGAUGUUGGACCAGCCCCAGGGGGACCUGACAGUUUUCAGCCCAUGUCCGAGGAGAGGAAAAUAUGGCUGAGAGAUGUUCUAGCAGAUGUCUGUAAAGGGCAGAUGGAUGAAGUGACGCAGAUAAAGCGGUGCUUGGCCGUCUUGCGCCGGGAGGGAAAGAGCGUAAAGGAGGGAGAGGAUGAAGAGGAUGAAGAUGAGCGAGAAACAGCAUUUGCGAUCGUGUCAGAGUUAUGUGAGAACCUGGACAAUGCAAGAGAUCUAAUGACUCUUGGAGGACUGGACCUGUGUAUCUCCCAGUAUCUGUGUCAUGCCGAAAGUGGCUUUAGGUGGCGUGCUGCCCAGCUCAUCGCUAUCUGUGCUCAGAACAUGCCGCAGGUGCAGGUCCACUUGUUUAGCACCGGGGUUCUGCCGAAGCUGCUGCAGCUGGCAGACUCGGACCCCAACUCCACCGUCAGAGUAAAAGCUCUCUACGCUGUGUCAUGUCUGGUUCGAGAGCAGGAGUCAGGCCUCCAGGCGUUCUUGUCCCAUGAUGGCGUCUCAGUGCUGAUGCGAGGCAUGCAAUCGGACAUCGAGAAGCUCAGGACCAAGUCCGCAUUCCUUCUGCUCAACCUGCUGGCGUCGCAUCCCGAGCAGAAAGACGCAGUUGUCUCUAUGGGUAUGGUCCAGCAGCUGGUAUCGGUUCUCCGCUCGCCACACUUACCUUUCCAUGAACACGUGCUGGGCGCCCUUUGCUGUCUGGUGGAAGACUGUCCGCAGGGUCUCCAAGACUGCAGGAAUCCUUCUCUGGGUCUGAAGGAGUUACUCAGAGAGCAAACCAGAGAGCUCCAAGGAAAAGAAGAGAGUCAGGAGGAACUGGCUUUCUGUGAGCAGUUGAGGGUUAUUUGUUUCCCCGGGCAACAGUCGGAUGACAAUGGGAUGGAUCGCUGAAGUCCUCAUAAACUCCCCUGUGUUGGUUUCAGUGUGCAAAGAUGUAACAGAACAUUCUUUAUCUGGCUCAUGGAUGUUAAGCAACUUUUCUUUUUACUGUUAAAACAGAUGUUGUCCAUAUUUUGCAUUUCAAGCAGGAGCUGGAUUUGAGUGUGUAAAUAACUGAUGUAUAAAAUAAUUUUUAAGUCAGCUGUCAUUUUAAUCCAGUGAAAAGUUCAUCAUGAUAUCAAACCAAAUCCCCAUCACAGGUACUAUGUAAAGUACUUCCUAUUUUAAAUGUCAAUGGAUACACCCCAAUGCUAAAUGUGCAACUUAUCUUUAAUUGUUCUAAGUUAGGUUUGUCUGAAGAAACUAUUUUCUUUUCAAUUUAGUAGUUGCUAAAAUCAGGACAGAAUUCAGUACAUCCUUGUUUAUUUUAUAACAUUGAUUUACAAAACAAAUUGUUGUAUUUUAUAUACAUAAUUAUUUCAUGUGGAAAACAUUGCCACCACAUGCCCAACCACACAUAAACAUUCAUGUCAUGCAACAAUAAAAUAUUUUGUUAUGGGUA